GAGAGUCAGAACAACACUUCGUUGCAGUGUUUAUCAUAUACAUUGAAUACCUAAUAUUUGGGAUGAAAAUCCUCAUACACUUCGCAUCUAUUUGGUUAGUUUCGAUUGUUGGAGCAGCAGAUCAUUCCAAACCAGAGUUGCUCAGAUCCCAGGUAUACAUCUAUCGAAAAACAUCGAUAAUAACAGUGAAAAUCUACCACUGUCUCUAUAAUGACACAAGAAAUGCCUACUAUGACGUCACUGACCAUUGCAUGCAGGCUUUCGAUACAGGGAUAUUCAUAGACAAAUGGAAUGACAGGAAUUUGCUGAAGAAAAAAGGUUCCGGUGUCGUUCGAAUAGAAGAAUAUACCACCAAAGCUGAUCUGCUGACGAAUGAGCUAUUCCUGAGAUCAGGGACUGUAUGCAGAUAUGAUAGAGGAUUCUGUUAUGAUCCCAGAGAAACACUCAAUUAUGCUGUGGUAUGGGAGGUAGCAGCUAGAACCGUACAGAAGUGUCCAGAUAAGUUAGACCAAGUAUUCUAUGGGUUCGUUGAUAUUUGGAAUUUCAAGACCAAGAAUCUAAAAUAUCUGUUUUACUAUGAUCAACAUAGUGAUAGAUCAUUUUAUUUGAACCUUGGGAAUGCUUCUAUGUGUCACAAUAAAGCUACAUGGACUUCAGGUAAUGACUUUCUUGUAUCAAAAUGGCAGCUAACAAAAUUUUCGAAGCCAACUCUCUUACUGAAUGAGAAAUACUUUCCACUCAAAUCGAAGAGAGCUGUCACUGAGGCGAUAAUGAGAGAUUAUGAUCUAGUUGAAUAUCCAUUUGAUUUUGAUAAGACAAUUGAUAAAUCACAUUUGUCUGAUAAUAAUAAUCUGAAGACGAUUCUCGAGCGAUAUCAAAAACUUAUAUUGGAUACUACAACACAACUGAAGAAAUUGUCAACCAAGGGCGAAUCGAAGAAUGCAAAUACUGUUGAUGUUCUGAGGAUUAUCGAUAGUUUGAAGAUGAGGUUAGCUAAGACAGAAGCUGAAAUCGGGAAGGUCGAUCAAAAAUGUAUUGACAGCAAAGAUAAUUCUCUAAAUAUGAAGAAUGAGCUGAAGAAUUUGAAGGAGUUAUUCGAAAAUGACAAACGUGAACAAAAUAGAAAUUACGACUACAAUAUAUCAAGAAUUUAUCACAAAUUUCAUGAAGGAGAUGAAAAUAUUUCGAGUCGACUCGAUAGUCAAGCAGGAGAUUUGAUCAAGCUUCAAAAGAACUUGGAUGAUUUAGACAUUGCAGUACGGAAUCAGGUGAAUGAUUUUAUUACAAAAAAGGGGCUAGAAAAUAUGUUAUUCAAUUUAGAAGGAGAAACUCUACAACAGCUGGAAAACUAUAAAAAGAAUCUAACAUUGAUUCUUGAUGGAAAAGAGAAAUUGUUGAUUGAAUCAUAUAAAAUUGAACAGAAAGAUAUUUCCGAUAAGUAUAACCAGUUGAUUAUGAUGGUGAAUCAGUAUUAUAAAAAUUUGAGUGAUGCUGCUGAAAAUUUGAAUCAUCGAACAGAGUUGAAACUCAAAUUAACAGAACGAUUUUUGAUAGAUAAAAUAGAAAAUUCAUACAAAAAAAUGAUUCCAAAUAUACAAGCAUUCGAUAAGAACAUCAAAUUUCUAGAGAUUGAUUUGAGUUUGAUGCAGAAAAACAUAAGUACCAUUCACAUAAAUUCAAUCAGUGAUAAGGAACAAGUUCUUCAGCUGAUAGAUAGAUUGAAUGUAUCACUAGGAGCUAUUGAUGGAAAAGUCAAGAAUGUCGUGGACAAAAAUAUGGAAAAUAUUUCCCAAGAUAAGCUCCAUUCAAUAUUGUCGGCUUCUGAAAAACAAUCUCAAGAUAAGUUCAACGAAUUAGCGAAGAAUUUGACAUUGGUAGAAAUAAUCCAGGAACAUAAAAUGAAGAAUUAUUGUAACUCAGAGAUGAAAAAAAAUAUGUUCUCAUUGACCAACAACAUAAAAUUGACAUGUGAAAAUGCAGUACAGGAUAUUGAAAAGAAAACCCAAUCCAAUUUCACAGAUUUGCAACAAAAAGUUUUUAACAAUAUGAGUUCUCUCAAGAAUAUUCUAGAACAAGUUCUGGAUGAGACGCCAAAACUGAAGAAGAGCAUUGAAGGAAAAAUUGGAGCUGUUGAUGAAACUAUAAAAAAUCUUAUACUUGAGGUGUAUGAAUGUAAAGACAAUUUCGUUAAAACAUCUAAGAAAGAACAUGAUAUACUGCAGACUAUAAAAUACAAUCUAACUGAAUUAUACAAGAAUACAGAUCAUGAAAAUAAAAGCUUAACGAACCUACUAACCGAACUGGAAGACCUGAAAAGAAAGUGCGGAAGUAUAGAACAUCAAUCGCUUAAUCAAGCUGAGAGAUUUGACGAUGAUCUGGGAAGAUUAAGAGAAACAAUUGAGUUACAGUUCAAUUCCAAAUUAGACGAGAUAUGGACAUCUUCCUCUGGAAAUUGGUCGAUGAUGAGAACUGACAUAAAUGGUAUUAAAAAAGGAACUGAAGAUAAUAACGUUCUCGUUCGAAACAGAAUUGAACAGACUGAACAUAUUUUAGGAGAGAUUAAAAAAAAAAUUGUUGAUUACGAAAAGAAGGCGUUCCAUUCGUCUUCAAUCAAUGACGAUUUAUUGAAUAGACUAACUAGAAAUGUUUCAGAUAUCCAAGAAAACAUCACAAUGAAUACAGGCAAUAUAUCCAAAAUUCAUAUAUCCCUAGACAGAGUGGAGUUGAAUAUUAUUGAUUUAUUUAAACGUUUCUCAAUGAAAACAAUCGAUCUUUAUGAAGAUAUCGAAAGAAUUUCUAAUAACAUAAGUGUUCAAAAUGAUGAACAUGAAAACAUGAAACAUAUCACUGGAGAAAUAACAAAUGAUAUUUGUAAUAUGAAAAACAAAAUCACAUUGAAUGAUAAAAAUAUACAGCAAUUAAUGAAUAAUGUUUCUAAACACAUAAAUUCUUCUCAAAUCUUCUCUGAAACAUUCAGAGAAGAUUUAGAUUUAUACAAAAUAGGAGUAUCAAAAACGUUGGUACAGAAUGAACAAAAUCUGGUUGAACUGCGACGAGAUAUAAAAGAUACUAAGCUCAAAGUUGCAAUGAGUGAUGUUGAUAUUACCAACAUGAAAGCACAGAUGCAAUUGAUCCUGGAAAAUCUAGAAAGGAAUAAAAAAGCUAUUGAGGACGCUAAAAUAUCUACCAUGAGCUAUGUCAAUGCGAGAUUGGCAUCUGUUACAGAAGAAAUAGCCCAAAUUCACAACAUGCUACUUGAUAAUAAAAAGACUGUGAGAACUGUCGAACAUGAUUUCCUUGAAAAGAUCAAUAGCUGUUGCGAAAAAUCCGAAGAGACAACGACAGAUCCCGGGAAUACUGCAGAUGAGUUGAAGAACAAAUUGUCAGGAAUAGAGAAAGAGCUGAGGACACAAGCCGGAGAUCUGAACGAGAGACUGAAAAAACUGGAAGAAUUAUACGCUCCCCCACCACCAGAUAGUUUAUUAAGUCCUCCUUCGGCAUGAAAGUCUCAUAAUUAGUGUUUAUUUCUAACAUUAAGUAUUACAGUGAUGUCACUAAUAUAUAAAGGUAUACAGGGUAUUUCAGUUUUUUGAAGUAAGACUUCAACAGCUUGAAGAAGACAUUUUUUUAUGAUGAAAAUCUCGAACAAACAUAUAUGCGUGGGAGCUUCGUUUCUGAUUC